GAGCCUGAUGUGCCGCACCACCUCCGCGGCUCCCGGCGCUGCCUGCGCCUGCGCCCCGCGGCCCGGAAGGCAGCCACGUCUACCGGAAGAUGCUGCUGCGCCGCCGAGCCCGGCACAGGGCCGCGAUGUGAUCGUCGCUGGCCGGCGUCCCUCUCCCCUCUACCCUUCCGCCUUUCACGGCUUCUUUCGGGCCGGGAAGUCUCCCGCGCUGGGAGGAGGUGAGGCUCGGCUGUCCUGAGGCCUCCGCCGCUCCUGAGGGCUGCCAGUGUGAGUGUACUCGGCCAAGGGACCCUGCACAGCAUGCCCCGGGUUGAAGACCUGCCCGGGAGCUGGGAGAGAGACACGUCGCCGGUGUAGUCUCUCAGGCCCUUGAUGCAAAUGAAGGCAUGCACCUGUCCCCCGUGCUAGCGUCGAACGACGGACAGCAGGCUGCAGAGUGUGUUGGGGAGCAGUUCCUCUGACUAGACGGUUACCAAAGCAGCAAAAUACCAAAGUUUAUCACCAGCCAUCCAUCAUGUCUUGGCUUGCUGAUCUUGCUGGAAAGGCAGAGGAUCUCCUCAACAGAGUUGAUCAAGGAGCUGCAUCAGCUCUGAGCAAAAAAGACACAGCAAACAGUGCAGUUUAUGGUCAUAAGAAUUUGGACUCUGCCAAUGAAUAUUCUGAGCUGCAUAAGCAUACUGGAGAACCGAAGUAUCAGAUGGCAUCCAAAGCAGCCUAUAUCUCUUCAGCAGCUGAUAAUAUUAAGCAUCAAAAGGCCACAAUCCUAGCAGGAACAGCAAAUGUUAAACCUGCACGUAGGACAUCUUCGGAGGUUGCUUCUCCAGUGGAAAAUGUAUCCACACCCAGAGCUGCAUCACAUUUUGUGAGAAGAAAAAAGUCAGAACCUGAUGAUGAGUUGCUAUUUGAUUUUCUCAACAGUUCAGAGAAAGAGCCUAAUGGAAGGAUGGACUCUAAAAAAACAGAGAAGAGCAAGGCACCAGUUCUUCAAAAUCACUCUCGGACUUCAAGCAUAAGUUCUGUGUCUACCAGUACACAGAGUGCAAAAACUGCUGAAGAUAAUUCCACAAGGAGCCAAGGCAAUGAAACUCCAGACAGUUCAGAUUCUGGACUGGGAACCCAAGGGGAUGGCGUGAAGGAUUCAUCACAAAGUGCAGUAACAAAUCCUAGCCUUUCAGCUAACGAUGAUUUAAAAUCACAUGAGCUAUCCAACCUGCGCCUGGAGAAUCAGCUGCUGCGGAAUGAGGUUCAAUCUUUAAACCAAGAAAUGGCUUCAUUAAUUCAGAGAUCCAAAGAAACACAAGAAGAAUUGAACAAAUCCCGAGAAAAGGUUGAGAAGUGGAAUGUUGACCAUUCAAGGAGUGACAGGAUGGUUAGAGAACUUCAAGCUCGAGUUGAUGAUCUGACGGAAGCUGUUGGUGCCAAAGAUUCACAGCUAGCUGUGCUGAAAGUACGGUUGCAAGAAGCUGAUCAGCUCUUAAGUGCUCGGACAGAAGCUCUGGAAGCUUUGAAGAGCGAAAAAUCACGGAUAAUACAAGACCACAGUGAGGGGAGCAGUUUGCAAAAUCAAGCCCUUCAGACUCUCCAAGAGAGACUUCGUGAUGCAGAUUCUACACUGAAGCAAGAGCAAGAAAGUUACAAACAAAUGCAGAAUGAGUUUGCAGCUCGUCUAAGUAAAAUGGAAGCAGAACGUCAGAACUUGGCAGAAGGGAUAACUGUAGCAGAAAGAAAGUAUUUGGAUGAGAAAAGGCGAGCUGAUGACCUUCAGCAGCAAGUCAAACUAACUAAAAACCACCUAGAAUCUGCAAAGCAGGAACUGACAGACUAUAAACAGAAAGCUACUCGCAUACUGCAAUCUAAAGAGAAGUUGAUAAACAGCUUAAAAGAAGGUUCUGGUAUUGAAGGCCUGGAUAGCAACACUGCGAGCACAAUGGAAUUAGAAGAACUGAGGCAUGAACGAGACACUCAGAGAGAAGAAAUACAAAAACUAAUGGGGCAAAUACAACAGUUGAGAACAGAACUGCAGGAUAUGGAGACUCAGCAGGUGAGUGAAGCUGAGUCGGUAAGAGAGCAGCUUCAAGACCUUCAAGAACAAAUAGCAGCACAUAAAAUGGCAAAGCAAGAGGCAGAAGCUGAGCUAGAACGGCAAAAACAGGAACUUCAUUAUACUGAAGAAGAAUUGUAUCGAACAAAAAAUACUUUGCAAAGCAGAAUAAAAGACAGAGAGGAAGAAAUUCAGAAGCUCAGAAAUCAGCUGACAAACAAGACUCUGAGCAGCAGUAGUCAGACAGAAUUAGAAAAUCGCCUUCAUCAGCUGACUGAAACCCUAAUUCAGAAGCAAACCAUGUUAGAGAGCCUGAGCACAGAGAAAAACUCACUUGUCUAUCAACUGGAACGACUUGAACAACAGCUGAAGGCUAUCCAAGGCACUAACAGUAACGGACCUUCUAUUAACAUGGCAGGCAUCGAUGGUGCUGAAGGUGCUCGGAUGCGUAAUGUUCCUGUCCUGUUUAGCGACGUGGAUACUAACGUGGCAGGAAUGUAUGGGAGAGUUCGAAAAGCUGCCAGUAGCAUAGAUCAGUUCAGCAUUCGUCUGGGAAUCUUUCUAAGGAGGUAUCCCAUAGCAAGAGUCUUUGUAAUCAUUUACAUGGCAUUGCUUCAUCUCUGGGUGAUGGUUGUUCUACUUACUUACACCCCAGAAAUGCACCAUGACAGUCCCAGUGGCAGAUAGACUGAGACAGCAUCAUAUGCUCUGCUAGUGUCAUUCAGACUGGCAUUCUUUAAUCAAUCCUGAAACAUCAGCAAACUUUUCCUCGUGGAUUUUAGGAUGAGCGAAAGCCUUCAUGCCUGGUUUCUCACUACUUUUCAAAUACAUAUAUAAUGCUACAUAGCUUUUCCAAUUUACCUAAAAGGAGCAUCACUUUCCUGGAGAAAUAAAGCUAUUUAGUUAAGCAAGGCUGAUUAGCCUUUAUUUUAUGUAGACCUUCUUGUGGGCCUUGUGAAAGGUAAGGGUUGCACCUACAGAGAAAUGCAAGGAUUUCUGAAAUUAUGGAUAUGGUACAAAAUAUUUUAGAUCAUACUGGAUGUGGGCUAUGGUCAGGUAAUAAAUUGUACUUAGCAACUUAAAUAAACUUUGUUCUUUCUGAUUUAUUUCAGUCUUCUAUUGCUUUUCUCUUUUAACCUUUGUAAAUAAUAGGCUUUUUUCCUUACCAUGUUAAACUGACAAAAAGGACAAUGGAUUGGUGCAAUAUCUUCUUGUAAAUAAGUUUAAAAAUAAAAUUUUAUGCAGACUUCUUAGCUUCAUACUUCUACUGGAAGAGAUGUUAUCUUCCCUGCCAGCCAAAGAGUGGUGCUGCCUAUUUAAAGACUGAUAUUUUAGCUGUAUUAGAGAGAAAGAGAGAUGGGUUUGGAAAAGGAGGUUCCAGCUCUUUAGAAAUAAUGAUGUUUUUCGCUUUAUACUUGAAAUUUAUAUAUUUUAAUUGCAUUUUCUUACACUUCUCAUGACUGUGUCUUAAUCACAUCUUAAAUUCAUCAAUAUAUUUAUUUUCUGAAACUUGGGUCAAACUCUUUCUAUACAAAGUCUAGCAAAACACAGAAUUUCUGAUGUCUGAACACUUCCUAAAUAUACUAAUAAACCUCAUGAAAUAGUUAUCGUGCACCCCAUACUACCAAACCUACUGUAAUAGUUCUGUUGUUAGACCACAGCAUUCUGGCAUUACAGAUCUGCAACACACAAUAAUACAAGGUAACUUUCUCUCCCUGAGAAAUGUCUUCUCUUUUUGUGUGGUGCUCAAAGCUGAGUGGUGAAAAGAUGACUAAAAGCAAUUUGUCAUUCCUGCUCUUGAGAAGAUGGUUCAGUUUUCACGUGACUGGAACACACAGAAGUAGUAGGUCCUGUGCAUGAGGUUUGUCAUGCUAACUCCUAUGGAAAUGUUACAGUAGGCAAAUGAUUGUGUUGCUGCUUUGAUUUGUGGAGAAAACUGAAAUGUUUUGCUUGAACUAAGUAAUAAAGAGCAUUUGCUGUAAGCCGUC